AUGUCCUACGAAAUCCCUACUCCCUCUCUCCCAUUACGAGUAAGUAACAGAGAGACAGGGCUUCCAUUUGUAAGGUGGCAACUCAGGAUCCCAAGUCCCAAUCCGGAAUGCAUUGCUCACAGCAACAGCCUGUCAGGUGGCUACAUCUCCAGGUCAGCCCUGGCAAGAACAGCAGCCAACCAGCUCUGGCGGACCCAACCCCAGAUUUCAGCUGCGCUGGAGGCCAGGCCUCUGUGGGCGGAACCCACACACCUUCAGAACCAACUGGUUUCUAAGCGGCGGACCUGUCUGUACAUCCUUUGGACUUGA